AUGAGUCGGCAACUGAACGCCAGAGUGGGAGGUUGCAGCAGGGGCUUCGGCAGUGUCUCUGCGAUUGUUUCCAGUGGGGGCAGAUCCAGCUGCACCUCUCUGAGCCGAGGACGAAGUAGACACUGUGUCUUUGGCAGCAGAAGUCUCUACAAUCUUGGCGGGAUUAAAAGCAUUUCCAAUAGCUUGAUUGGUGGAGGCUGGAGGCUCGGCGGUGGCUUUGGUGGUGGAUUUGGCACUAGUGGUGGGGCUGGUGGCUUUGGUGGUGGUGGGUUGUUCGGUGGAGGACUUGGUGGGAGGAGUAACCCUGGGUUCCCCUUUUGUCCUCCUGGUGGCAUCCAAGAGGUGACCAUCAACCAGAACCUACUGGUGCCACUCAACUUGGAGAUCGACCCGGAGAUCCAGAAAGUGCGAGUGCAGGAGAAGGAGCAGAUUAAGACCCUCAACAACAAGUUUGCCUCCUUCAUCGACAAGGUCCGAUUCUUGGAGCAACAGAAUAAAGUUCUGGAGACCAAAUGGAACCUGCUGCGGCAGCAGCCCACGUCAAAUGCUGGGAACAACCUGGAGCCCGUCUUUGAGGCCUAUGUUGGCAGCCUAAAGAAGCAGCUUGAUGGUCUGGUGGGAGAGAGGGGAAGACAGGACUCAGAACUGAAGAACAUGCAGGAUCUGGUGGACGACUUGAAGCACAAAUACAAAGAGGAAAUCAACAGACGCAUGGCAGCGGAGAAUGAGUUUGUGCUGCUGAAGAAGGACUUGGAUGCUGCCUACAUGAAAAAGGUGGAGAUGGAGGCCAAGGUGGCUGCCAUGACAGAUGAAAUCAACUUUCUGAGAGCCCUGUAUGAGGCGGAAUUGGCACAAAUGCAAAGACAGAUCAGUGACACCAGCGUUAUCUUGUCUAUGGACAACAACCGAGCCCUGGACCUGGAUGGAAUCAUUGCUGAGGUGAAGGCUCACUAUGAAGACAUGGCUAACAGGAGCCGAGCUGAAGCCAACUCCAUGUACCAAGGCAAGUUUCAGGAGCUUCAGGUCACUGCUGGGAAACAGGACAAUGAUCUGAAAAACUCCAAGCUGGAGAUCUCGGAGCUGACCCGGCUGAUCCACAGACUGCAGGCUGAACUUGAAAAUGUGAAAAACCAGUGUGCCAAACUGCAGUCGGCUUUUGCUGAGACAGAGGCACGUGGGGAGCUUACCCUCAAGGACGCUAGGGAAAAGCUGGUUGAAUUGGAAAUGGCCCUGCAGAAAGCUAAGGAGGAGAUGGCUCGUUCGCUGCGUGAUUAUCAGGAGCUCUUGAAUAUCAAGCUGGCCCUGGAUAUUGAGAUUGCCAUGUACAAGACACUGUUGGAGGGAGAAGAAUGCAGGAUGUCUGGAGAGUGUGGCAGUGCCGUGAACAUCUCGGUAGUCAGCAGCAGCUCCGGAGGCGGGAGUGGGAUAAGCUGGGGAGGAGGAGGAGGCAGGCUCAGUGUCAGAGGAGGCGGGAUCAGUGUCGGAGGAGGCGGCUCCAGCUCUGGAAGCAGAAGAGGCAUUGGAGGAUACAGCUAUGGAGGCAGGGGAGGUAGUUCCUGUGUGAAAAUCAUAUCGACGACCUCUUCAAGCAAAAGAACCACCAUAUGCUAA